AUGCGGUUGUGGUGGAUUUUACUGUUUGGGUUCUGGAGCGUCUGUGGGGAGCUACCAUUUAUAGCAGAGAACAACGCGGCCAUGCUGGUUAACUGGAACGCCGUGGAUGGGAAUAAAAAGCUGUACGCCAUUUACGAUACGAGCGUCAACGAGCCGGGAAACAUGUCGUUUGUCAAAGAAACUGUGGACAAACUGUUGAAAGGAUAUGAUAUUCGUCUCCGGCCAGACUUUGGAGGUCAACCGGUUGCUGUUGGCAUGAGCAUUGAUGUGGCUAGCAUAGACAUGGUAUCAGAAGUUAAUAUGGACUACACGCUGACCAUGUACUUCCAGCAGUACUGGAGGGAUAAGAGGCUGGCCUACGUGGGGAUUCCCCUCAACCUGACGCUGGAUAACAGAGUAGCAGACCAGCUCUGGGUCCCAGACACAUACUUCCUCAACGAUAAGAAAUCCUUUGUGCACGGGGUCACGGUUAAGAACCGAAUGAUUCGACUCCACCCGGAUGGAACCGUCCUCUACGGACUCAGAAUCACGACGACGGCGGCCUGCAUGAUGGACCUGCGGCGAUACCCGUUGGACGAACAGAACUGCACUCUGGAAAUCGAAAGUUACGGGUACACCACAGACGACAUAGAGUUCUACUGGAAAGGGGGAGACACGGCCGUUACCGGGGUGACCCGGAUCGAGCUUCCUCAGUUCUCUAUAGUCGACUACAAGCUCGUCUCCAGGAACGUGGUCUUCUCCACUGGUGCCUACCCUCGCUUGUCACUGAGCUUCAAGCUAAAGCGAAACAUCGGAUACUUCAUCCUGCAGACGUACAUGCCCUCCAUCCUCAUCACCAUCCUGUCCUGGGUGUCCUUCUGGAUCAAUUAUGACGCCUCCGCUGCCAGGGUGGCUUUAGGGAUCACCACCGUGCUGACCAUGACAACCAUCAACACCCACUUGAGGGAAACCCUCCCCAAGAUCCCCUAUGUGAAAGCCAUCGACAUGUACCUGAUGGGCUGCUUCGUGUUUGUUUUCCUGGCGUUGCUGGAGUACGCCUUCGUCAACUACAUCUUCUUCGGACGCGGUCCGCAGAUGCAGAAGAAACUGGCUCUGAAGGCGCUGAAGGCAAAUAACGAGCGCGGCAGGUUUGACCGACCCAAGUCCAUUCUAGAAGGAGUCAACUGGAAGACCUCGUCAUCUCUUAAACAGUCCAAUCAGGUUCAGAGCCGCCGUCACUCGCAUCAGGUCGACUCCCACGGGAACAUUCUGCUGACGUCCUUGGAGAUCCACAACGAGGUGGGGAGCAACGAGGUCACCACCACCUUGAGCGAGACACACAACUCCACCUCCAUGACGUUCGACAACUCGGGGGUCCAGUACAGGAAGCCCAGCACACCCAACGAGGCGGGCCGCCACAGUCUGGACAGGAACGCGCAGUUCAAAAAACCCCGCCUGCGGAGACGAUCGUCACAGCUCAAAAUCAAAAUCCCCGACCUCACCGACGUGAACGCCAUCGACAGGUGGUCGCGGAUUAUAUUCCCCUCCGCCUUCUCCCUAUUCAACAUCAUCUAUUGGCUUUAUUACGUCCACUAACACACUGUGGUUUUGUUUUGUUUUUCUUUUUUUGUUUUUUUUGUUUUAAACCCAUCUUUGUCUCAUUCCGUUCUGGAAUCGGAGAGAACGUUUCGAUGCAACACACCUAACGUGGUAAAAAUCCCGAACAUUUCUGGGCAUAGCGAGUGCAGACUUUGGCCGAGAGAGCCGUCACUCAGACUGUGCGACGUCAUGUGGGUUUUUACCAGGGGGGGGAAAAGACUUUGAACAGCUGGGAGACAAAACAUCUUUGCACCGCUGGAGAUCUGUUGCUAGGACACCGGUGUUUUUAACGUGAUCGCAUUAUCGCGGGUCUCUUUAUAGCAAUGAUAUUAUUUGUCUACAAGUCUUUACUUUGGCUAAUGUGGAUGCUCAGAUUUCUACCUGCAGACUAAAAUCUGUCUUAAUCGUUGGAUGUUUUGGAGAAAUAUUGUGGUUUUUAGCUCAGUUCAAGUGAAAUCACUGAUGAGUCUUACAGUGCCUUGCAAAAGGAUUUAAACCCCUUGAAUGUUUCCACGUUUUAUCACAUUUUAACCACUGAUUCGAAUGUAUCAACAUUUAUUUUAUGUGAUAGACCAAAAUGCCCAACUGGCGCAACAUUUUAGGAGUGAGAUAAACAAUUUUGAAAAUCUACAUGAUUCCAUUGUUGCUCUGGCUGAAUGUUUUAGAUCAAAGUCCUACUGGAUGGUGAACCGCUUUUCCAAUUUUAAAUUUUCUGUAGCUUUUUUUUUUUUUUUUUUUUUAGGAUUGGCAUCCAGAUAAUCUCGUGUGCAGUUACUUGGUGUUCAUGACACUGUUUGUUCUCUAACAAACUUCUUCACAGAACAGCUGGAUUCAUACUGAAAUUAAAUUACACACAUGGUUUUUGUUUACUAACUAAGACUGCCAAAUUUUGUUUAGGGCAUUAGUGUGUCGAUCUAUCACAUAAAGUCCCAAUAAAAACAAAAAAGUUUGAGUUUGGCAUGUGAUAAAAGGUGAGAAGUUCAGGGAAGUUUGAACGCUUCUGCAAGGAAAGGAGAGCCAGAGCUUGUUGGGUAAAAAGUGGAAAUGGGUGAGAGCCGGCGACAACGUUGCCAAAGAUCCAAACGUCUGGCGUUGCUUUGCUUUGGAGUUGAUGCCACUAAGUGGUUCUCUUGCUCUUUUGCUCGCUGGAACCUCUGCAAACUUUCUGAAAUGCAAUGUACCAGGGUAAAUGCAUAUUAAUUGUUACAUGUUACUUUACCUUAAAAUUCCUACUGUUACUGCAAGAAAGGGCGAUCACAGCCACCACAUUACUGAAACCUACUUUUCUUACUCUCAGCCCGUCAGACAAAGAAAGCUUGGAAAUUUGUUUACAUAAAAAAGAAUAACUAAUGUCGGUGGAUUAUCUGUGUUUGUAAAAAAAAAAAAAAGAAAAAAAAGAAAAAACUCCUUAGGUUUAAUUUGGUCUGUCUUACCCGAAACAAUUGAUGUCAUUGUGUCUUUGAUGCUAACUUACAUUAUCUGUCAAGUUUGUUCAACACCUGGCAAAGUAUACCCUAUGCUUUUGCUUUGUGCAACAUACAGCAUACAGCUGGAAAGGCAAGGUAUUCAUUAUCGAAAUAACGCCAAGCCAACAACAGUCAAAACUAAAAUGUAUAGUUAAAGGCAACUGGUAUAUAUAAUUUCCAACAUUAAUAACUAUAUUUUUUUUCACCAAGAUUUUUUUCUGAUAAUCCAGUUAAGUAAAGCGGGGCUCUGUUAUGACAUGGACAAAAAGGAUAGGCCAUAAUUCACUUAGAUGGAUAAUAAAUAAAAUGAGCAUUGUCUUCCUAACACCUUAAAGGUCCAUCAACUUCAGUGUAACCUGUUAAUGAAGUCGAAACUCGAGACUCCCUGCAGUGAAGUACCCUGUUUUAUAGCCACAGGCUCCGCCCACAAGACGAGAAAAUAAAACAAUUACAUCUAGUUUAAGUAAGCUCUUUUCAAAGUUUAAACAAAUAAGACAAUAAAUAAACAAUAAUAGUAAUGAAAAAGAAACCUGCAAUAAAAACGCAAUGCUCAAUUUGAUAGAAAACAAUUAAUGUACAACGUUACUGUUACGUCAUCACGUAACUCCCUCCGGGUGCCCUUUAAUCCGGAAAUAGCUUUGUUUGAAAGUCUGACCCGAGAAAAUGUUUGACAUUGGUAAUUACAAGCUAGGAAGGAUAUGACAACUUUGUGCACCCACGACGAACCGCGCCGGUUUGUGCUGAAACCAAAAAGUAAGUUCUGUCGCGUGUGUGUGUGUGUUUGCGUGCCAGCACGGACUUUGCUGUAGCACUGUGGUAAAAGGUCCAUGUGCUUUUACAUGGACCUUUUACCUUCCUUUCUUAGGCAAGAAAGGAAGAAAACAAGACACCAGGUCCCGAUGAAUGUUUAGGCACCAAUAUGGAAAUUUGGGUCGAUAUCAAUAUUCGAUAUCAUUUCUUGAAUAAUCGAUAUUAUUUUAACACAUAUAUUUUACAUCCUUUCCGACACCUUAAAAAAAAAACGAAAAAGACUGCUGACUUCACCUUCUCUGCUUCAGAUAAUUUUGAAAAGUGUAGUUUUUUUUAUAUUGGUUGUUAAUAUUGGCUCAGUCAUAUUAAUCUGGCGGUGCUGAUAUGUUACAUAAUGAUGCCAAUGUUAGUGCCGAUGUAUCGUUGAAAUCCCAACUGAUAAUGUAAGUAAAUAAAGACGAAUUUACUCCUUUCCAAAGUCAAACAGAAAAAUCCUUUCAAUAAAACCUUUAUUGUCUUUUGUACUGUUAACACCUCUGGACAAACCGCUGGCAAAACAUCAGACUUUGAUUAGACUACGAAAGAGUUUUGAUUAAGUGCUAAGCUGUGACUGGUCUGUCUUUUUAUAUCUGGGCUGAGCUUCCUGUUUUAAUGUGAAGCUACAUAAACAGUGUCUGGCUGUAAAAAAAAAAAAGCAUCUUUUUUUUUUAUUUACCAGAUUUUGGGUUCAUAUGAAAAAAAAAAAAAAACUUUAAAUGAUUUCCCGCUUUUGUCAUCAUGCUUUCUGUACCAAUCUAUUCUUGAUAUUUCUGUCAGGAAUAGACAUUGGCUAUGUUGUCAUCAUUGUUUUGCUCAGUGAUUUCCAGCCUUGCCUUGUUUCGUUUUUGUUAGUCCUCACGAAAUAUUACGAUUUCCUGUUUGUGAUUGAAAAAAUAUAAAAGUCGAACAAACAGCUUGA